UAAAAAUUCAACUUUGCAUCUUCUCGAGUAUUACUAUAUAAGUAAAUACUAAAUCCACAAAACACUCACAGCAAAUUUAAUAAUCUGAUAACGAGAGAGCGAACAAAACGAGGUAACUUUAAACUAUAAUGAUGGGCAAAGGUGUUGUAGGUACGAUUCUGCUCUUCAUGUUGAUCGGUUCGGUUUUUGUUGAGACUCGUCCCAUUGGUGGUCUAACAAAGACUGAAGAGAAGAAACUCGUGGCUGAUUUUAUCGAUGGCUUAUCACUGGGUUCGAUCAAAGACUCAGGUCCCAGUCCAGGGAAGGGUCAUAAUUUCGUGGACGGAAGUGAUACGUCCCGAUUUGAAAAGCACUACGGUCCAAGCCCAAGAGGACUGGGUCACUAAUUUUUCAAAUCUUAGUUCAACCCCGGCCGGUUUAAAUUCCUAUCUCCAUCUAGGUCCAAAAUAUUGUUUCAUUUUUGUUAAAGAGUCGAUAACAAGAGUUGAGUGUCUCAUCUUUUUUUUUUUGCUAUCAGUGAUCAUCGUUUUGUUAGUUAUUUAAUUCUAUAGUUGAUGAUGUAAAAUGUGAUGAUAACUUCGAUUUUGGUCAAUAUGAUUUAAAUGUAAUAAUAAACAUGAUCAUAGUAACAAAGCGAGUCUCCCUCUCUGUUCUCAGGUCUAUUGUGGUUUACGUAAGCAAACUUAGUAGACUGAAUGGCAUGGAUGUCUUGCUAACAGUUGGGAUGAAUAAAUUACCACGGAUAGAUUGAUGUAACAUACCGAGGAGAAUCUUGUGAAACAGAAAGCUCUUGACAAAAAUCAAGGAGUAGAAAAGGCUUUGAAACUUUUUACUAUCUUUGAAGCAUUUUUUUUUCUGAUCUUGCAGACACCAAGGCUAAUAACACAUAGACGUGUACUUGAUUCUCAUCGUGUUUAUUCAUUCUAGUACACUUUCUCUCGUUUUCCUGCUUUGCCUCCACAUUGAUAAAAAUAUCAAAAGCUUGUACACAUACCUAUUAAGAACACAUUAGAUGGCUGAUCUAUUGUGAUGCAUGCAUAUACACACGUAAAGAAUUUCAGGUCUUCUAAAAUCGACAAGGUUGAACUCAGGACCAAGAAAGAUGGAAUGUGAGUCCUUGGAUAUAUUAUUGAAAAUUUUCAGAAUUUCAGUGAAGCAAUGUUACAUCUUGUGAGAAUUGUAGUACCUGAAUAUGAAAGUUUCACUUACAUGCCUUUUUUUCUAAUUGUAAGUUAACUUGCUCUUCGACUUAGCAUGAAACUGUAUGUAUGAUCGCUUAUUAAACAUUAAUUUUUUGUUUCUCUGCGUCGUUGAUAUAGUUUUGUCCUUCACGUUAUUUA